AUGCCUGUGAUGAAAGGAUUACUUGCGCCUCAGAACACGUUUCUAGACACCAUAGCCACACGGUUUGACGGCACACACAGCAACUUCAUCCUGGCUAAUGCCCAGGUGUCCAAGGCCCAAGGCUUCCCCAUCGUCUACUGUUCUGAUGGCUUCUGUGAGCUCACAGGCUUCUCCCGCGCUGAGGUCAUGCAGAAGAGCUGUGCCUGUAAGUUCCUGUAUGGCCCAGAGAGCAGCGAGACCAUCAUCCUCAGCAUCGACGACGCCCUGGAUGAACGGAAGGACUUCAAGGAAGAAAUCAUGUUCUACAAAAAGGCUGCGUCAUUGUUCUGGUGCCUGCUGGAAAUUGUCCCCAUUAAGAAUGAGAAGGGAGACGUGGUGCUCUUCCUGGCUUCAUUUAAAGACAUCACAGACAACAAGGCCAAGGCCAUCCCAAGAGGGCAAGAGAGAAGAAUGUGUUACCCUCUAUUUUUAGCCAAUCAGAAUGUGUUCCCCUCUACUUUCCUUCAAUCAGAAUGUGUAUCCCCUCUCCUUUCAUCCAAUCAGAAUGUGUUUGGGGACCCCCCUGCUCUGCCGGAGUACAAGGUGGCGGACGCCAAGAAGUCCAAGUUUAUCUUGCUUCACUUCAGCACCUUCAAGGCGGGUUGGGAUUGGCUGAUCCUGCUGGCCACCUUCUACGUUGCCGUGACAGUGCCCUACAACGUCUGCUUCAUCGGAGACGAUGACCUCACCAGGAGCACUACAGUCAGCGACAUCGCUGUGGAGAUACUCUUUAUUAUAGACAUUGUGUUCAGUUUCCGUACCACGUACGUGAGUAAGUCUGGUCAGGUGAUUUUCAGUGCACGGUUGAUCUGCAUCCACUACAUGACCACGUGGUUCAUCAUUGACCUGGUUGCCGCGCUGCCCUUUGACCUCCUCUACGCCUUCAAAGUCAGCGUGGUAUCAGUAGUCCACCUGUUGAAGACAGUGCGUCUGCUCCGGCUGCUGCGUCUGCUCCAGAAGAUGGACCGGUACUCCCAGCACAGCACUGUGGUGCUCACCCUGCUCAUGUCCAUGUUCGCCCUGCUGGCCCACUGGAUGGCCUGCAUCUGGUACGUCAUCGGCAAGAAGGAGAUGGAGGCCAACGCCUACUCCUGGGACAUCGGCUGGCUCCAUGAGUUGGGGAAGCGUCUAGAGUCUCCCUACGACCCCCUGGGGGAAGUGAACGGGACGGGGCUGAGCGGACCUUCUCUGAGGAGUGUCUACAUCGCUUCUCUCUACUUCACCCUGUCCAGUCUGACCAGCGUGGGCUUCGGCAACGUGUCGGCCAACACCGACGCUGAGAAGAUCUUCUCUAUCUGCACCAUGCUCAUCGGAGCGUUGAUGCACGCCCUGGUGUUUGGUAACGUGACGGCCAUUAUCCAGCGGAUGUACUCUCGCUGGUCCCAGUACCACACCCGCACCAAGGACCUGAAGGACUUCAUCCGAGUCCACCACCUGCCCCAGGGCCUCAAACAGCGCAUGCUGGAGUACUUCCAGACCACAUGGUCUGUCAACAACGGCAUCGACUCCAACGAGUUGUUGAAGGACUUCCCAGAUGAGCUGCGCUCUGACAUCACCAUGCACCUGAACAAGGAGAUAUUGGAGCUGUCUCUGUUUGCCUCGGCCAGCAGGGGGUGCCUGCGCUCCCUGUCCCUGCACAUCAAGACAACGUUCUGUGCCCCUGGGGAGUACCUGCUGCGCCAGGGGGACGCCCUGCAGGCCAUCUUCUUUGUCUGCUCUGGGUCCAUGGAGGUGCUGAAGGACGGCAUGGUGCUGGCUAUACUGGGUAAGGGUGACCUGAUCGGGGCCAACAUGUCUAUAGAUGACCGGGUGAUAAAGACCAAUGCAGAUGUGAAGGCCCUAACCUACUGUGACCUGCAGUGUAUCAACCUGAGUGGUCUGUAUGAGGUACUGGACCUCUACCCAGAGUACACCAGCCGCUUUGUCCAAGACAUCCAGCUGGACCUCACAUACAACCUGAGGGAGGGACACGAGUGCCAUGUCAUAUCCAGAUUGUCCACCAAACCAUUGGACACACAGACAGAGGGGAGAGGCAACGGACGAGUGAUCCAGUGCUAUCCAUCCAUCAUUGAGAACCAGGAGGAAGAGGAGGAGGAAGAUGAGUUGGCAUCUGUAUCUCCGGAAUUGGUGCGGAACAGCGUCCUGUACACCAGAGAGGUGUCUUCUGUGAAGUCUCCACCGGGUAGAGCCGGGAUGGCGAGAGAGUUGCACAGCGGCAGAGAAGUAACACACCAGAGCACUAGGAAACUGAGGAAGAAGAUCCAGAUCCGCCAGAAAGCUCUCACCACGCUAGACCCCUCCAACCUCAGCCCUAGGGUUGUGGACGGUACAGAGGAUACUGAAGGUACAGAGACCUCUCCACUGUUCUCCUUCUCUCCCAGUCGAGCCUGUCCAGUCAGCGGUCCAGGGAAUGCACCUGCCACAUUUACAGGUUCACACAACCACAACCCCCACCACCCCACCACCACAAUCAAAACCACCACAACCACAGCCAUCACCAUGACCACAAACAGCACCCCAACCACAACCAGCACCACAGCCACAGUUACCUGUCCAACAUUGUAA